AAGCCCUCCGUCUCAGAGAUGCUGCCGCUGCUGCUGUCCCUGCUGUGGGCAGGGUCCCUGGCUUGGGAGAGCAGAUACCGGCUGGAAGUGCAGGAGUCCGUGACGGUGCAGGAGGGCCUGUGUGUCCGCGUGCCCUGCUCCUUCUACCUUCCCUGGGACACCAGGGACAACUCUGUCCCAGCUUUCAGCUACUGGUUCAAGGAAGGGGCCGAUGUGAAGCUGGAUGCCCCUGUGGCCACAAACAACUCAGGACGUGAAGUUCAGGAAGAGACCCAAGGCCGAUUCAACCUCCUAGGGGACCGUGGAAACAAUUGCUCCCUGGACAUCAGAGACGCCAGGAGGAGGGAUCAAGGUUCAUAUUUUUUUCGUGUGCAAAGAGGAACGACAUUAUGGAGUUAUAAGUCUAACAAGUUUUCCUUGCAUGUGACGGCCCUGAACCACACACCCCACAUCCUCAUUCCUGCGACGCUGGAGGCUGGACGCCCCGGGAACCUGACCUGCUCUGUGCCCUGGGCCUGUGAGCAGGGCGCGCCCCCCAUCUUCUCCUGGACGUCAGCCGCCCUCACCUCCCUGGGCCCCAGGACCCACCUGUCCUCAGUGCUCACCAUCACCCCACAGCCCCAGGACAAUGGCACCAAUGUCACCUGUCAGGUGAAGUUCCCUGCAAGCGGUGUGAUCGUGGAGAGGACCAUCCAGCUCAGCGUCACCUGUGCUCCACAGAGCCCAGCAAGAGGUGUGUGCUCAGGGGAUGGCACAGGGCAGUCGGGGCGCGUCGCAGCACAGGUGAUUCUGACGGCCAUCUGGGAAGCGGCUGUCAAGAUCCCGCUACUCUUCUUGGUCCUCAUCGGCCUCCUAGUGAUGUCCCGCAGGAGGAAGGCAGCCAGGCCUGCAGGGGGCGUUUCAGAUGCAAAACCAGGCCUGCAGGGGGCGCGUCUAUUGCAAACGCCAUUCCAGGUUACCCCUCUUGGGGAGUGA